GAUGCAAUGUCGCGAUCAGGGUAUUCAAGUAGAGACCAGUUUGAGGCAGCGUAAGCCGCUUGCCAGAGAUCAACCGUAUCACGGUGAACAAAAGAUGGCCAUGGUAAACACUUCGAGUCUUAAAAAUCUAAGCAGAAUGUCUACCACUCAUUUGCUGCCCUCUACAGCGUCCAGUUGUCACCAGCUCGCCUACAGAGCACAGCAUGAACAGCAACAUCAUCACCACAGGCACAAUCGACAUCAACAACCACAAUGCUAUGAACCUUUCCAAGAACAAAACCAACAGCAAUCAAACUGCAACUACCACUACAACAACAAAAACAAAAGCUUAGAAAACAUUGCAAUUCCGAGCGAGCUACAUGAAUUGAAAUGCGACGUACAUCAUCGAAUAUUGAAUGAUGAAUACGAACAAAACAGUGAAGUGCAUCACUGUGUCGAAGGUGGUCACACACAUCCUCGUAUUAGUGGUAUGCAUGUAGAUGUGGCCGCUGGUGGGAGUAGUGAUGGGCCUAAGACAAUGCUGCAAUCAAAACUCUGCCAUACAAAAGCCUCUCAAACGCCAUGUAACAAUAUUGGCGAAUCAAAGACGACGAUACCUCCUACGCGCAAAGAAACUAGCAAUGGAAUGUCAAUGGGAGAGGAUGUGAAACCACAUGUGACACCAAUAGUGCAAGUACCCAAGACUGUGUUGUCAACUGUAGAAGAAAUUGAGUUCAAAACCAUAAAAGGUCGCAAAAUACUAAUAUUCGGUGGCAUCGAUCCGUACUGCCAGCAUUGCCAGCAUGAUAAAAUGAUGGCAAUGCAACAACAACGCAAGAGAUCACAAAUUUUUGGUGGCAGUGAUGCCGAUAAUAUGGAGCCAAUGCCUUACCAUAACGGCGUAGGCGGCUGCAGUACUUGUGGCGGUGUAAAUACACAGAUCAAUCAGCUGGAUAAUUUGGGAGACCGUGUGCUCUACUACGAUGCCAGCACUAAGCAGUGGAAGCAUUUGUGUUACUUACCAUUCGGUUCACGUCAUCAUCACGCUGCUGUGGUCUGUAACGGACUCAUCUACAUAAUAGGUGGCACGAAGACGGCGCUAGGUUGUACAAAGAAGUCGAUAUUUGAAAAAUCUGUUUGGAGCUUCGAUCCGCAGACUAUUAAAUGGACAUUUGAAUGUCAUUUGCCAGAAUUGCGACGUGACUUCGCCGCGAUUGUAAGCGACGAGCUCUGUGGCAGUGAAGUUGCUUGUAAACGUUGCAGAGGCAUAAAGGAGCAGCCGAAGCAACGAAAUAGCAUCUCUGCUAAUGGCUUCUUCAUCAUUGGAGGUGAAGGCAUUAAUGGGACGGCAUUGAGCACAGUUUGGUACUACAAUGUAUUACACAAAACAUGGAAAAAGAAGAAACAAUGCCAGACACAGUGA